AAGGUUUACAAAUGGGUAAAAGCUUAAUGGUAAGGAUUUGCUGAACUAACAAACUGAACUGGAAUACAAAAAAGGGAGGUACGAGGAGGUCCGGGGAAAUAAGUGUAAGGAAGAUAUGCUAUGGAAAGUUAACGUGUUUUUUUAACUGUUUUUAUCUUGUAUGUUUUUCUUUAUUUUUCUUUUUUUUUGUUAUAUCUUAAAAACUUUAUUCUUUUUUCUGUCUUUUGUAUUUUCUUGUAUUUUUAUUUUUGUAUUCUUUGAAACUUUAAUAAAUAUCAUUUAAAAAAAAAAAUACAAUUCCCAGCAACCCUUAACAAACUACAUUGCCCAGAAUUAUCUGAGGGAAAGAAUGCUUCACAGGCGCGACGGAAUACUGAGAACUCGUUUACUUUUGCAGCAUAGCUGCAGCUCUCACGUUGUCAAAAGUUGCUGUGCUUCACCUGCUUCAAACUUUCCCAUAUUAUUAUUAUUAUUAUUAUUAUUAUUAUUAUUAUUGCGUCAUGCCCCUCACUCAAGACCCCAGCCCAGUUCACAAACACACUGACCGGUAUCCCCCCCCGCCCAGGCCAGUCCCACCCUUUUCUCCUCAGGCCGGCCAGGGCGUCGCGUGGAGCGGCCGCCCGUGAGGCGAUUCCCGCUCGGAGCCCGCCACCCAGGGGUGGGAGCGGCCCUCCUUUCCCGCCCUCCUCUCUCGGCUCUGGCGUCGGUGGUUUGUUAGGGGGUGGGCUGUGCUUGUCUGCGCGUUUUAUUCUAAUUAUUAUUUGAAAAAGGCGCGAGGAGACGUUGGAAAGAAGAGGCCGCCGCCGCCGCCGCCUUGAGGUCUGGCUCCUUGAGAAGCCUUUCAAAAGAGCGGCGCCUGCGAGAGGGCGGGCCUAUUCUUGCGUGUGGAGGUACAAACACGGCCCGUAUAUAAAUUCGGGCGGCCGUUAAGAGGGAGGGGAUUCAAAAUGAGGGAGGGCCGGAGGGCGGCGGAGCAGUUUGGCUUCGGGCGGGGCGCGUGCGUCUGAACGCGCCCAGUCUCGUGUCAGUCGGUCGAGGGCGCGACCCUGCUGUCCGGGCGAGGGGCUUCCUCCUCCUCCUACACGUGAAGGGAAGUGGUGAGGAGGGGGUCGCGGGCGUGCAGGUCCAAAGAGGGCCAGCCCAGGGGUGGAGGGAGGGUCGUGAUUUGGCUAUUUCUUGUUUCUGACUUGUUUUAGCCCUUGGGAAAGGGUGGGAUGGAAGCUUGGUUGGGCGGCCUAGAUUUCUUACACGAAUAUCCCUCCCUCAAAUAACACGUGGAAGGUACAGGGUUGCAUGGAUAGCAUAGAAUAAUGCGGGUUUUUUAUGGUGUGUUGUCCUUGGUGUCUAGAGUCGUUGCAUUAGAAGUGCUUUUGUGCAAAGGAUUUUUCUGGUUUGAUUUUAAGAUGGCGUAUUCAUACCUGCUUGCUAAUUAAACAAACAUACCUUCUUACCUUUUAAAAAUAAAUAAAUAAAAUAAAACAGCUUACAAGAAUCAGGUAUGUCUAGGUUGAGGUGACAGGCUUGGUUGCAAUGUUUUUGUUAGAGGGCAGGUGUGGCUUGUGGGAGCAGUGGCACUGACUUUGGGGAUGGACUCUUGUGUAUGGCUCAUCCCCUUCCUGUAAAAAAAAGGGGGAAAUAAUAUAAUAAUAAUAAUAAUAAUAAUAAGUUUUAUUUAUAUCCCGCCCUCCCCAGCCGAAGCCGGGCUCAGGGCGGCUAACAACACUAAAAUAGUGCAACAUUAUAAAAACAUUAUAAAAAUUAAUUAAAAUCAGAAUUGAUGGCAACCAUAAACUAAAGUUUUGUAAAGAUUGCCAAAGGAGGGAGUCAGGCUGUGCCCUGACCAAAGGCCUGGUGGAACAGCUCUGUCUUGCAGGCCCUGCGGAAAGAUGUCAAGUCCCGCAGGGCCCUGGUCUCUUGUGACAGAGCGUUCCACCAGGUUGGAGCCGCAGCCGAAAAAGCCCUGACUCUAGUUGAGGCCAGCCUAACUUCUCUGUGGCCUGGAACCUUCAAGAUGUUUUUAUUUGAAGACCGUAAGUUCCUCUGUGGGGCAUACCAGGAGAGGCGGUCCCGUAGGUACGAGGGUCCUAGGCCGUAUAGGGCUUUGAAGGUUAAAACCAGCACCUUAAACCUGAUCCUGUACUCCACCGGGAGCCAGUGCAGCUGGUAGAGCACCGGGUGAAUGUGAUCUCGCAGCAAAGACCCCGUAAGGAGUCUCGCUGCGGCAUUCUGCACCCGCUGGAGUUUCUGGGUCAGUCUCAAGGGCAGCCCCACGUAGAGCGAGUUACAAUAAUCCAGUCUGGAGGUGACCGUCGCGUGGAUCACAGUGGCUAGGUCAGGGCGAGAGAGGUAAGGAGCCAACUGCUUAGUUUGGCGGAGAUUGUUAUAGCUGCAAUCUGCGCCUCCAUGGAGAGGGAGGUAUCGAAGAUUACACCCAAACUCUUAAUGGACGGUGCUGGCACUAAUUGCACCCCCGCAAGAGAUGGGAGUUGCCCCCUCAAUCCCAUAUCGUCCCGUCCCAGGAAAGGGUUUAUUGGGCUUAUGAAAGUUAACAGAAGAUAACUUUCCAGGUUUAUAUUCAAUCGUCGUUUCCCUCUGCUCCCAAACUCCCCCAUGGGAUAGUGAAAACUUAAAAUUGCACCAAGCCAAGGCUGAUCCAAGAUGUUUUGCUAGGGCCAGAUGGCAACCCCUGCCUCAUUCUAUCUACAGAAACUAAAUGGGUGGCACUUGAAUUCAACACUGGCAGCAGGAUAGCAUCCUCCACUGCACCAAAGGCAACAUAAUAGUUGAGGGUAGCUGGAACAGGUUGUGUAGUUGCACAGCUCUGUCCUCCCACAAAGGGAAAUGGCCAAGAGACAUAAGAGGAGUAGCCAGGAGGCUGCUGCCUUAGGCGGUUGACUUUACCUAGUGGUAGGGCUGGUCCUUUUUAUAGUCCCUAAAUCUUGAUGCCCCUAGAUCAGAACCUUCAAAGUUGUUAUAUCCAUUUAUGGGUGCAAUCUAGCAGAAUCUCAGCACUUACUAAAUUCAGCAGGUUUUAGUGGGGAUUACAUUUAUCAGUUGUCCAUGACGGAGCUCUAAAGUGUUUAUGACUGACUGAAUUGUGCUCUUGAUGCUUGCAAGUAUUGCUUUUGGGGGAGCUUGGAUGAUGGGGUUUAUCAGUGCUGUUAAAGAGAGAUGAGAUGAAAGAUAAACCUUGUACCCAGUUUGCUCAGACUUUAACCGUAAGGGUUUGUUAUAGUUGUGUGCUUCUGAGGCUCUGUGGUGGGGUACUAAUCCCAACACUGUCAUUAAAAAAAGAACUGAUCAGGAUAUGCCCCACUCCCUCCUAAAAACCAUGCAAAGGUUACCGUUGUAAAAACAAAGCAGCAGCUCUUUCUGAGCACCUGUUUUUUCAGAUCCCUCUGGGUUUCCAAAGUAUCUCUUUUUCAGUUUGUGUACCUGUACUGUGUUCUCCCUUGUCCAUCUCACAGUAACGUUAUCUGGUGAUUAUUAAGCCGGUUAUCGCCAAGAGCAGUAUUUCUUUGUCCUUUAACACUUCCUUCUCACCUCCCCCAGUGUCAACAUGUCCGAUCAAGAACGCCUGAUGAACUCGAUGAAGAAAGUAGUGAGGUCCCUGCUGACACCAGUCAAGGAAGGCCUCACCCCUAUGGAGUUAAACAAAGAAUACAAGUCUAUGAUAGGAGAACCACUUCCGUUUCGUGCCCUGGGUUACCGUUCUGUCAUGGAGCUGGUGAUGGAUAUGCCAGAUGUUGUUAGCAUCUGCCCUAGUGGAAAUGGCAAUACUGUCCUCAGAGGUGGGUUUUGGAUUAGUUGGCAAGAGCAGGGAAUGCCAAUAAAUGGGGAAUAAUGUUUGGCAGGCAUACAGGGAGUUUAGGCUGGGUGGUUCAAGAAAGAAUGGAACUUGGCCAAAGAGCUGCCUAUUGUAAAUAUGUCCUGUAGUUUGAUUUUGAGGUCCCUCUGAACAUAAAGCAGUCAAGGGCAUUCCCUUGCAUUUUCCCGCAGAGUGCGGUUUGUUUUACAAUAAAGGCAAUUCUUCUGAAGUAUUGUGUCAUGGUGACACAUUCCCCAAACACGGUUUAAAUAUGAACCAGUUUUUAAACCUAAGAAGAUGAAAUCUGCAUGUAAGAGUAUUUUUUAAAUGUGUUUAUGUUGCAGGGUAUAAUGCACUUAGACUUCACUCACAGGGUUAACAGAAUUAAGCUAUUCCCACAACAAAUAGAAGGUACAGAUUUGGACAUAACGUAGCCCAAGACAUCCAAAGUACUUUCAAUUCUAUGUAUAUAGCAUAUUUUUUUGGUCAUGUUUGAUGUGUAAUGUCUACCUAACAAGAGCCAGCACUCCAGGAGAGAGCACACCAUGUGACAUCUUCAACAGAUUUCAUGGUUGUGGGUGUUUCCCUUCACAUACAUGAAUCACAAAUACUGUAGGCUGGGGUGGGUGGGUGGUUGGGUUGCCUUGAUGGUGGUAAGCAGGGAAGUAAGUAUAGAAAUGGAGGGUUGUACAUGAGAUUAAAUAGAGAGGUAAGGGAGCUCUAAUAACUUAGGGAAAGAAGGAUCUUCUGGUCUGAACAGCUGGGAAAACACCUAUGCUUGCAAAUCUACAAAUAUUGUGUAUUAUGAUAACUAGCUGUAUUUCUUUGGCAGUACCAUUUUGUUGUAAGAGGAUGGCAAGAAGAAAGGGGAGGGGGGAGGAGAGGAGAAAUUUUCUGUGUCAACAUGCAACUUUAACCAUAUGGGCUUCUGUCUUUUAGCUAUUCCAGAUGAGUCCACUGAGUUGAUUGCAAGCUUGGUUGCCAGACAGAAAAGCAAACCGAAGCCAUAUUUUUCCAGGGGAAAGCCAAAUUUCUCUUUUAAUGCCAGAUCUUGCUCUGGCCUGCCUCAGCCCCCCCGAAUUUCUCUGCCCCGGCGGGGUCGGGUUUCUCCUACUCUGCCAGCUGUGGUAAAAAGUGAACUGAAGGAACUGCUGAGAUCUUCACCUGUCCUGCUUUCAGAUUUUGACAAAGCCUUUAGUCGGCACUUUGGACGGAAGUUUGAAUUUAUGCGUUUUGGGUUCUUCUCUAUGUUAGAAGUGCUGAAUGCAGCUUCAGAUAUCAUCACGGUUGUGCAGACAAGGGCAGGCUCCUUGUUGACUCUAAAGCCCUCCAUUAAGAAAAAUCCAGAAAAGCUGCCAGAGUGUAAGUUUAUGUUUGCUUAAAUUCAGCUCUAGGGGAAAAUUGCUCUUAUUUGGCACCUUCAUUUAGUUGAGAUUCCUGCAUUGCAAGGGGUUGAACUAGCUGACCCUAGAUGACUCUACAACUCGUGUUUGCUUUACCCAGUACUACCUUGCAGCCUUAUGGUUCCUCUCCACGUUAAACAUACAAACUCCUUCUGCCCCAACGUGUAGAUAAGCGCCCCUCUCAAGUGGUAUGGCUGGAAGAGGUGGGAUCACAAAUAUAGGAACUUUGAGAAACCUAUCUGUUACUGGAAAAUGAGUAGUACUGGGUAGAGUUACCGUAUUUUUUGCUCUAUAAGACUCACUUUUUCCCUCCUAAAAAGUAAGGGGAAAUGUGUGUGCGUCUUAUGGAGCGAAUGCAGGCUGCGCAGCUAUCCCAGAAGCCAGAACAGCAAGAGGGAUUGCUGCUUUCAUUGCACAGCGAUCCCGCUUGCUGUUCUGGCUUCUGAGAUUCAGAAUAUUUUUUUUCUUGUUUUCCUCCUCCAAAAACUAGGUGCGUCUUGUGGUCUGGUGCGUCUUAUAGAGCGAAAAAUACGGUAAUUCCCUUCUGAGAGCAUGUGCUCUGUCUUGCUCUUUCUCAGACAGCAGCCAAGCAUGAGAGUGGGAGUAGUGGGGUGAAGCAAAGAUGUUGGUGCACUUCUAUUAAAAUAAUUAAUCUUAGUGUGUACUAUUCAUGUAGAAUUUUGCACCCAACUGCAGAUUGCACACAGUUGUGGGCAAGAAUCUACAAAUACAUUAUGUGCUCAUUUCUAUAGGUAGACAAUUGAUUUGUUUUUGUCCCAGGUGCCAGUAAAUAGAGUAAACUUGGGAAAAGGUUGUGGUCUGAGGUUCAGAGAGCUUGGCUUUGUUACUGAAAAAUUAUGACCAAAUUGCCAAAUAUUUUUCAGUAGCAUUUGAAACUGAAAACCAUGGUGAAAUACCGCCGGGGGGAGUACACCCUCUUUGAAUUCUGUGGUUUUACAUAUGAGGACAUAGUAACAAUCAUCUGUUCCUUAGCAGGUCUUAAAAUUAGGUAAAUACAACCUUACAUGAACAACAAAUGACAUAUCACAACGUGUCAUGAUUUAUUUAACAGAAAUGAAUCCAAAAUGGAGAAGCCUUAUGAUUCAGUAGCUUGUAGAACAACUUUUAGCAGCAAUAACUUGAAGUAAUUGUUUUCUGUAUGACUUUAUCAGUUUCCCACAUCGUUGUGGAGGAAUUUUGACCCACUCUUUUUUACAACAUUGCUUCAGUUCAUUAAGGUUUGCUGGCAUCUCUUUAUGCACAGCUUACUAAAGCAUUUCAGUUGGGUUGAGGUCUGGACUUUGACUAGGCCAUUGCAACAAACACCUUGAUUCUUUUUCAGCCAUUCUGUUGUAGAUUUGCCGGUGUGCUUGGGAUCUUUGUCCUGUUGCAUGACUCACUUUCAGCCAAGCUUCAGCUGUCAGGCAGAUGGCCUCACAUUUGACUCUAGAAUACUUUGAUAUACAGAGAAGUUCAUGGUGACACAAUGAUUGCAGGGUUCCCAGGUCCUGUGGUUGCAAACAAGCUAAAAUCAUCAACCCUCCACCUCUGUGCUUGACAACUGAUACGAGGUGUUUGUGCUAAUGUGCUGUGUUUGGUUUUCGCCAAAUGUGGCGCUGUGCAUUAUGGCCAGAAAUCUCCACUUUGGUACCGUCUGCCCAAGGGACAUUGUUCCAGAGCUUUGUGCUUUGUUCAGAUGCAACUUUGCAAACCUAAGCCGUCCUGCCAUAUUCUUUUUAUAGAGAAGAGGCUUUCCCCUGGCAACCCUUCCAAACAAAGCAUACUUGUUCUUUUUCUGAUUGUACUGUUAUGAACUUUAACAUUUAACAUGCCAAGGCCUGUAGACUCUGAGAUGUAACUCUUGAGUUACUUGCAAUCUUGAAUGUUUUCCACUUUUGAAUAAUCUUUCUCACUGUGGAAUGAUGGAAUUAAAAUUGGUUGGCUAUGGCUUUAUAACCCUUCCCAGUUUCAUGGGCAGCAAUUAUUGCUUCUCUAGGAGCAUUGCUGAUGUCUUUCCUCCUUGGCAUUGUGUUAUCUAGAGCAGCAAACUGAUAAAACUUCGGCUUUUGUAGAGGUGAGUACACUUGCUGAUGACCAAUUAAGCAAGCGCAUUUGAUUAGUAGCACCUGUCUUCUACUUAGCCCCUUAAUUCCUAUGGAAGCAGUAAGUUUUUCACAAAUAGCUUCCCCAUUUUGGCUUUAUUUUUGUUACAUAAAUCACGGCAUGUUGUAAUAUGACAUCUGAGGUUGUAUUUACCUAAUUUUAAGACCUGCUAAGGAACAGAUGACUGUUAUUAUGUCCUCAUAUGUACAACCACAGAAUUCAAAGAGGGUGUACUUUCUCCCCUCCCCCCAUGACUGUAAGUAUUCCUGAAGGCUCUGCAUUAAGCUCAUUCUUCCUUUCUGCUUUGUCAGUUAAGCAAAAUGGUGAUCCUUGUUCUAAGCCUUGUGCACUUGAGCUGAUGAGUGAGUGAUCUUGUAUCUGCUCAAACAUGCAAGUGAUAAAUAAAACAAUACAGUAAAGGGUUUUGUGCUGUGCUGUUGGCUUAUAUUGAGAUUCCACUGCUCUUGGAGGUGUUCUUGGAAAUGAGUGUGAGCCUUCCAGCAUUGCCUACCUAGGGAAACAGAAAACUGUCACGUGAAAUCAUGUCUGUAAACCCUUUCUUGGCUUUAUUAAGGCAAAGCCGUGAUUCCAUCACAUAAGACAAAGCAGACUUUGCCUACUACUCUGCCAGCACCUGCAGUGAAGAAAUCUUCAACCCCUGCCCUACCUAUGGAUAAUCAAAAUCCAUCUCCAAGCCAAGAAUCUGAUGCUUUAGUAGUAGAGUUGAAACCAGUGGAAACCCCAUUAGUGAGAACUGAUGAGAGGAUGAAACAAGUAAGUAAUAGAAACAUUGCACUCCAAAGGUGACUAAACUAAGGGAAUAUUUAAUUAGUUAUUAUGAGAAAAUGAGAAUCCGUAUGGACACAUUUCAUAUUGUUUGGUGUCUUAAUUAGUACACAUUGUCCAUGUAGAAGGAUUUUAAACCUAAGUUCUUAAAGAUGAGAAAAGAUCUGCUUUAAGCUGGGUGAGGACAGAGGUCGCCAGCCUUCUUGGUUGGGCCAGUGGGCAUAUUUGGAAUCUGCCAGUCAUAAAAUGGCUGCCAUGGGCACUUGACAUAAUUAGUGAUGUUAAAUUCUCGAGAAUAAUCUCGAUUAAUGAGGUGUGUACAUUUAAAGCAGCUGUGUAGAUGACACAGAAUUUACAGUUUGUGGAGAAUAUUCUCCAGAGAAUUUUCUAGCAUCACCUCACAUCACUAGGCAUCUGUGGGGUGUGUCAUGACACAAAAUAGCUGCCAUAUCUAAAAGAGAAAAAAUGAAGACCACAGAAUAGUGCAGGCAUGCCCCCUCCAUCAGUUGGAAUUGCUACUAUACUUGCUGAAAUAGAGAAGCUCAGCUCCUUUUCUCACGGUUACCUCCCAGCAUAACAGCAUAAUAUGCUUCUGCAGCAAAUGCAAACAGUUAAUCAAAAUGACUGUCACAGCAAGGAAAAUGUAAAUAGGAGGAAAGAGGAGUUUUCCAAAGGAACGCUCACUGAGUGCAUAGAAAAUUUGUUGAUCUGGGUGCUUCCACACUAGACACUUGGUGUGGGAAUGCCGUGCCUUUUUCACUCUUUACUGGGCACACUUGUUACGCGGUCCUGUGGUUUUUCCUUAUUUUUCAGACUGCAGAGGAAGAUCAGGAAAACAGUGCAGUUUUUGUAGGUGUAGACAGCCUUGAUGCUUCUGUUCAGCUUAUUUUUUAUUUUUUAAAAAGGGUUUUUGAUGCAUGUAGUGACUUUCGGAAGAUUACAGUAGUGCCAUUCAAAAUCCCUUCGCUUUUCAUCCAGACCUUUUUUUGUUAACCAGCUUUUAAUUAGCACUGAAGAGCUUUGUGUAGGCAUUUAUAUUAAAAUAUUAAUAUUACUAAAAUAGAUCUUUUUAAUGAACAAAUGUUCUAAAGCUGUAGCUAUACAAUUUUUAAAAAUGAACCCUGCUGCCUUUCUUGUCACCACUAUUGUAACAAUGCUUUUGUCCCCCACCUUCAAUUUAAACACUUACGUUUCCACACAAAUGUUAAAUUGCUUGUCAUUUUGGCAUUUACUGAAGAGUACAAUGGCCAAUCAAGUCUCAGUGAAUGCUCUUAGUGUUAAUUAAUAUUUUUUUUUUGAAGGAUCACUUAGACUUUUAUUUUUAUUUCUUUUUGCUGCUCACACAAAUUAGACACUCCCAAACCACAGCUGCUGUGCUACAUGCUCUGUGUGGGCAGAACAGAUAAGGAUGUAGACACUAGAAACACACAGUGCCCCUGAUAGUGUGGAGAGUUGAUUGCUCUUCCAUAUUUAGCUCACUGCAGUUAUUAGCUCUAGCAGCUGCCUUAUGGAAGCAGGCUUGGAAUUGUUAUCUUGCAUUUCUAUCAGUGAAAAAGUACUGCAAACUGCAGAGGUCUUUGAAAAAACAAGGCAGAAGACUUCUUGCCUGACUCAGUCAAUGGAUGGGAGUUCAGUCGGCAGUUAUUGCUGCAGUCCUGUCCACCUUACCCUAUACAGUAGUACCUCGGGUUAAGUACUUAAUUUGUUCCAGAAGUCUGUUCUUAACCUGAAAUUGUUCUUAACCUGAAGCACCACUUUAGCUAAUGGGGCCUCCCGCUGCUGCCGCGCCGCCGGAGCACGAUUUCUGUUCUUAUCCUGAAGCAAAGUUCUUAACCCGAGGUACUAUUUCUGGGUUAGCGGAGUCUGUAACCUGAAGCGUCUGUAACCCGAGGUACCACUGUACCACUAAAAAUGUAAGCUUGUGUCCAGUGAAUUAAAAAACGUAGCAGCAGCAGCAUGGACUACACUUACACUGGGCAAGAUGCAGUGGUUUGGUGGUUGAGGGCACCUUAUUACCUGCCCUGUACCCUAAGGUCCCAAGGCUGGUUGCAUCAUUACAACACAAUUUUACAAACAGGUAAAAAGAACUUAAAACCACAGAAAUAAUGUGGAUCCUAAAAAUCUACAUCUCAACUUUGGAAAGCCAGGGUAAAGCGGUGCAUCUUCAGCGUUCCCUAGAAGCCGUAUAAUGAUGGUGCUAGAUGCACAUCUGUGGGGAGGAAAUUUCACAGCUCUGGCUGCCAUGGAGAAUGCCCUCUGCUGAACCACCUUCUCCCUCGCUCGCUUCUGAGGGCGAUGGAGCAACUAAGAGUGACCCCUCUGCCAAUCUUAGUACCUGAGAUUCUGUAGGGAAGGAGGUGGUCUUUCAGGUAUCGGGACUGAAUUGUUUAGGGCUUUAAACACUAAUGUGAGCACCUUGAAUUGGGCGCAUACCUUUUUUCCCCCUUUGGCUCCUGCAGAGGAGGACAGGGUUAUCACUAAACAGAAGCUGUUGUUAAAAGCAGGUUCCUCUAACUUUCGGGUAUUGGAAACUAUUUUGUCCAAUGAUGUCAUUCCUGCUAUAUAAUUAUACAAUAUUAUGCAUAUUUUAGAUGUAGGUGGGAGGUCAGACUGUGUGAGAGUGAGCAGGAAGAAGAGGGCACCAAAGGCGGGGAAAUGUAAAGACGCAACCCGCUGCUUUAAAAAAAUGGAACUUAUUUACAAUAAUUGUACCAAUCCUAUCAUGUGAUCUUGAUAUGUAAUCUACCAUUAAUAUAUCUGAAGUGAUUGUUGCGUGGUGUUCAAAACUUUCAGUGUGAAGUUUCCAAUGUAAAUGCCACAUUUAUAUGAAUGGAUGCCAAUUUGUAUGCACUGGCUUUCCCUCUCACUUUCUUCAUAUCUGUGGAAUCUGUUUCUCAAAGCUAGAGAAGGAGAUGCAGAUAGCACUUUCCCAGAAAGGACCUGGAGGGACAAUCGGCUCCGAACUUAAGGAAAAAAUAAAAACUGUAAGUGUUCAUAAUUUAAGGAACUUAGGUUGAUUUUUUUUUUAAAGGCAUGUCAUUAAUUAAAACUAUGCAAAGGAGCCUUUCCGGAGCCUUAGGCAAACAUUCCCUGCCAUGCUUCCCACCUUCUUUCCUGGUGUGAGGCAUAUGAUGAUUUGACCAUUUGUCUGAGCUGGCAGUCUGUCUUGUGCUUACUUUGCAAAUCAGGAUUGAAAACUAAGGAAGAAUGUCUGAAUUAAUAAUCUUAAAACCCAGCCUGUGUGCCCCUCUCCUUGACCUCUUAUAUUCCAGAAAACCUGGGCUGGAUCUAGACACAUCAAAGAAGCGUUUCAGUGUAAAGCAUUGUAAAUUUAAACGGAAAACAGGUGGAGAAAAAUAGGACUCUGCAUCACCAUCUGGUGGCACAAUGUUAUAUCACACAUACAACACAUAAAUCACAUUUUUUUAAGCAGUCUAGCUGAGUCCUGGGUGCUUUAAAGAAAAAAAUUGGGAAAUUGUAUUGCAUGUAGCUGUGUAUAGAAAAUAAACUUUUGUGCCUGUAUAUUUUUAUUUUGCAAAUGUUUUCUUAGAUGCAAGACAAGUGGCUAGUUGGGGGGUAUUGUUGUAAAUGUUUGUGUCAUGCGCAACAUUCUUAUCGGCUGCUUAGACUGCAUGACAACUAAUUGUUGACUAUAUGUUGUUUGUAAUUUAGAUUGUAGCGCAGCACCCCGAAGGAUUACUUGUUUCUAAGUUACCUGGUGAAUUUGAGGCAAGUUUCCUCCUUUCGGAAGUUGCUUUUGCUUUUGUCCUUUUCUGUGUAUGUUUCUACUGAAACAAAUAUUGGCGCCUGAGUCAGAGAGACAGCCAAUAGCUCAGCAUGCUAGACCACAGUUUGCUUGGGCUCGUUCCAGCUCAUGCACACUCUUCUAAACCAUGGUUCAGCACAUUAGUGCACAAUCUACACCCCUUGACUUAAUAUUAUAUAGCCUUUGGUCUUUAGGAAGAAGGGAAGCGGGGGGUGGGCAUAGCUGUCAACCGUCCCUUAUUUGGUGGGAAAGUCCCUUAUCCCAGUGCCGUGUCCCGCUGCUGUCCCUUAUUGAUGAUGUCCCUUAAAUUUCCCGGGUUUCAAAGGAAGCAGCUUCUUUCCCUCCCUCCCUGCUGGCCAGGGAGGAGGGAGGCUCCAACUGUGUUGCUUGGCUGCGUUGCUCACCCAAUAAGGAGUCUUAAGAACGACUGGGGGGUGGAGUUUGCAUGCCUUGUGCCGAUCAAAUCAGCCGCGUUGCCUGGGGACUCGCCUUUGCUCAGUGCUUCCCAGCUAAGAGGUGACAGUGGUUUCCCUUGCUGUAUCCCCUUUGCCGGGUUGCUGCGCUGUGGGAACAACCACUGGAGGCUUCGUUUGGCUGCUGGCUGGGCUUUCUGCCUUUGGCUCGGAGGGGCUCAGAAGUUGAACAUACCUGUGCUUGGAAAACCCCUUAUUCUGGCUGCUGAUCCCUUAUUUUCGAGGCUGCUGGUCCCUUAUUUUCAAAUCUGUAAGUUGACAGCUAUUGCGGGGGGAGGAGUGAUGGUUCUGCCCUUAAAAGGUUACCCCUAAGGGUAUGUGGCCCUCAGCAGAAAAAGCAUUGCCUGCUCCUGGUUUGGUUUUAUUGUUGCCUCCCUGUAAUCUUACUCUACUUUUGGGGGUGGGAUGAGGGAAGUUCUUCUAAUCUUCCUUUUCUUUUGCUUAGUUAAACAAAAAUCUCUGAUUUGAAUUUCAAUUUAGUAGGCUCAAAUAUUGUUCAGCCUAGACCAAAAGUGAACAAAACAGACAAGAAAUUUUACUGGGUUAUAUUCUCUGGGUGAAAAUGGAGAUACUUUCCAGUUUUUAUGGACCAGAUUCAAAGAGAUUUCCUACGAAAAGUUCAAAUUCAAUAUUUUCCCUUUUCUCCACCCCACUCACUGCCCAUUUCCUUCUUGACCAGCACUUGAACUAAAUGUUUUGGAGAGCAUUUUAGCUUCCAAAAAGUACCUAUUUUUUAUUGCUUGUUAGUAUGGCUAUUGCAAGUCCAAAGGAAGAAUAUUGCAGGACGUCCUUUUUGCAUUGAUUAAUCAGAUUUUCUUUAUAUCUAGCGACAUUUUAAAGAAAUACUGGCAGUAAAGAAACUAGGUUUCUUAAACCUGAUGGAACUGGUUGGUGCCCUUAGUGAUGUUCUCCAUAUUGAAUGCAAAGAAGGGGAACAAGACUGGCGCAUCUUUGACAUUGAGUCACAGUGCUUAAGAGAUGGUAAGUGGGGAACACUGCACUUGCUGAUACUUCCAAGGUGGCAGGUUGGAUUGGGCACAAACAAACAAACUUCUUAACCCAUGCCAUUUGAUAAAGCAAGUUUGCAUUUGGGUUGCAAUAGACUAUAUUUCAUACCAAAGGUGUGUUGAUAGGCUCCUAUUGUUUUCCCCUUGGCACACAAUAUAUUAUCACAUGCCGUCCCAAUUUCCAAGUACAGUGGUACCACAGGUUAAGAACUUAAUUCAUUCUGGAGGUCUGUUCUUAACCUGAAACUGUUCUUAACCUGAGGUACCACUUUAGCUAAUGGGGCCUCCUGCUGCUGCCGCGCAAUUUCUGUUCUCAUCCUGAAGCAAAGUUCUUAAUCUGAGGUACUAUUUCUGGGUUAGCGGAGUCUGUAACCUGAAGCGUUUUAACCCGAGGUACCACUGUAGUGUGAGAUUCCAGGCGUUCCAGGUGCUUACCAAGGUUCAGUUUCCUUGGAAUGAGGCACCGUGGAGAUUGUGGUGUCUUUAUAAUAUGUGAUUUAUUUACACAUAUAUACAAAAUGAGUCUAGGAUGGCAGGAUUCACAGCAUUAACACCCCAAUGAGCUUUUGCUUCUUCCAAAGCUGCAGCCUUAGAUUCAAACAGAAAUCAAACAUCGCUCUGACUCUGGCUUCCUAGCCUGUUGCUUUUCACCUUCUAGCUUCUAUCUCACAUCACUUAACACUCUCCACUCUGCCUUUGUCCUUCCAACUACCCACGAGUUGAGGAAGAUGCCUCCACCCAUUUGCUGUAUGGCACAGAGCCCCUUCCUUUGCUUCCCUUAAUGGCUCAUUACCCAGGCUAUCGCCUCACCAGGAAGUCGCCAGUUGCUUGUGUGCACUCUUGUCUGAUGAGGGUGCUUAAGCUGGGGGGGGGGGUGUCCCACUAAUGUGCCAGUUGUUCAACUGGGGCACAAGCCUGAAAAAGUUGAUGCCAGCUAUGUAGAGGGCAAAAGUGGUGUUGUGUGUGCAUUCUCUUUUGUCAAUAAGGAAUUAAACCACCAGCCGUUUGUCCGCCUUGGCUGAGUGUGCGCAGGAUAAUAGCGUCCUUAUAAGUGGGAUGAUCUGCUCCACAAUAUUUGGCAGGGGUGAAACAAAGGUGAACCAUGCUUGCAGCUUGUAACUUUAGCCCUCAGAAAGGCUGGCAGAUUGCACCUUGUUUUACUUUCCAGCUUACAGAUCCUUCCAAGGUGGAUCCCAAGAAACAUUAAACUAUAUUUUUACAAAUUGCACUGAACAAUAUCAACAUAUCAAAUUUAUCAAAGCAGAGAAGGGCUAUAGCUCAGUGGUAGAGCAUCUGUCUUGCAAGCAGAAGGUCCCAGGAUCAGUCUCUGGCAUCUCCAGGUAGGGUUGGGAAAGCCCCCCCCCCCCAAAUCCUAGAGAACCACAGUCAGUUGCAGUACUGAGCAAGAUGGACCAAGUAGAUGGACUCAGUAUAUGGCAGCUUCCUAUGUUUGUAUCAAGGCUCUUUUCACAGGUCGAGGGAAUGUCCAGCUGAACAGGCUCUGAGAUGGUCUUCAGAUGCCUCCCUCCCUCUUCUUAGAUCAGGCAUACGCAAACUAGCCCCUCCAGAUGUUUUGGGACUACAACUCCCAUCAUCCCUAGCUAACAGGACCAGUGCUCAGGGAUGGUAGUCUCAAAACAUCUGGAGGGCCAAAUUUGUCUAUGCCUGUCUUAGGUCCUUCCUAAUUUUCUGUGAUGUGUGAAGAUGCAUUAAGCAUGCAUGCUUAAUAGACUACUUUUAUUUUUGAAUUUAACAACACCUUUGGGGGGGGGAAUAGCAGCCAAGUAGGGGAAAUUUUGAGCAGAAAAGCAGGUCAGGACCCUGCCCUGAUUCAGAAUGGGAGCCUAUUCCAACUGGACACUGGUUGGUUUUUCCCAGGUGUGAAAAUGGCAGAUGAACUAUGUUUCCUUAAAACAUAUAACUAUACAUAAACUAUACAUAAACUAAACAUAAACCGCUCAGCUGGAAAGGGGAAAGAGGGCGGUCCCCGGGCGUGCCUGGCCUUAAGUAGGCUAGGCCAUGCCUCCCCAGCCCGCCGAUUGGCGGGUCCGGGUCAACGACACGCCCGGGGAUUCCCUGGAUCUCGCGGGGGCAAUAGGCCAGCCCCCGCGUGUGUGGCAGGGGUUAGCCUGCAACCCCCUCUCCUCCCAAGCUUGGAAAUGGCUUUGGCCUUGCCUCUGUGAUGUAUGAUUCUUGAAUGCAAACUUCCUCCUUUGGGCUUGAACUUUGGGAACUGCCAAUUCAGACUUUUUAAAAUGAAGGUUGUGUGUUUGCCUUCUAAACAUAAGUAUCUGUUGUUCCUACAGAUGAGCAUGCAAGUGAUAAGAUUGCCCAGCCUGACUCUUUAGCACAUGAAGAGACGCCAGAUGUGCAUGAGCUGCUCAGCUGGAAUUUUCCUCUGGAGGAAUCUAAGGCUCCAGAUGUGAAACUUAGUGUAGUAACGAAGAUGACGACACCGGUAGGCUGACAUUGCCGUGGUAUCAUGGUUAACAUGUAGCGUCAUGUUUUACAACAGUUGGAUAGAUAUCAAGAGACGACUAACAGUGGAUUGUAUUUUUUUUCUUAAAUCAGUUGUUUUUGUGUAUAAUUUUUAUUAAUUUUUCUGUUUUAGAAUUUAACAUACUCAUUUUACAUCCUUAAGAUAUCAGUGACGUGACUUCUUCCCUUUCCCUGGUUCAUUUUACACAUCAUAAAUCCCUGCAUAUUUUACAAAAACUAUACCUUUCAGUAUUCCAUUAUUGCAUCCAUCAACAUUUACAUUGUUGAAUUUAUCUUAAUGCUGCCAGCAUUUUCAGCUGUACACAAUUAUUUCCCAUAUAUUCAAUAAACUUUUUCCAUCUUCUUUAAACGUGUGCUCUUCUUAUUCUCUUAUUCUGUAUAAGUCUGCAAGUUGUACAUAUUCUGUCAAAAUAUUUAUUAACUUGUUACCAAAAUUAGAUUUAAGGCUUUCCUUUAACCAGUGAUAUUAAAAUGUGCCUUAUUGUUUAAUAUAUUAGCUUUGUUUAUUUAAUUAUUACUUGCUAACAGAGUUUUGCAAGCCAACCUGCAAUUUAAGUGCUCAAGGCAACUCACAACAAGAACAAAAAAUUAAAAUUAAAAACCAAAAGUAUAAUAUAGUUUAAGAAUGCACAUUUUGUCAGUAGGUUUCAGGUGAAGUUCCUUGGGAAGAUAAUUCUACAGUGAGUGCUGCCACUGAGAUGUAGCCAACUGCCACAUCUCAUUUGGAGUAGGACUUCUGAGAAGAUCUCUAGAUCUAGGUUGGUAGGCAUGUGGUUCAGGUACCCUGGUCCAAACUGGUCCUUAAAGGUUCAGCACCUCAAAUUGGGUCUGGGAAUAGUCUGGGAGCCAGUGAAGACGACAAAGCAUUGGUGUGAUACACUGAUUUCAUACAAUCUCAAUUAGCUUUCUCUCAACCAAAUUCUGAAGUACAGUAACAGAAAUUUCCAGGCUGUAUUCAACCGUAGCCCCACCCCCACAUUUAUGAUUUUUUCCUACCUCUGUCUCUCCUACCUUUGUUUGUUUGUUUUUCAAAAAUCUGCCUGGUUUGCAUUUUAAAAUUGUAUUAAGAAUGUUUAUUUACAUUGUGUUUAUAUUAGUUCGGUGAUAUUCCAAGCUGUGCAGUGUUUUUGCCUGGGGAAAUGGAAUAUAAGUAUGUAAACACAUAAGUAAGUGAGGAAAAUGUGAGCGAGAGAGGCUUUGAUGUUUCAGCAGAACCAUGUCAUAGAGGAAUUAUUCACUGAGGGUAUGGAAAAUCAGGAAGGGAUGUAAUGGAGUUAGGGCUGUCUGUGUGGCACUUUUUGUUGCAUGUUAGGGCAUCCAGACUCAUUGCUGUUGGGAUGGAGACUUGGAAGACUAGGAAAGCGUUUUGGAUUCCCGUGUAGUCAAGUACUUGGGAUUUUCCAGCCCUGGAAAACUCUUGAGUGUCCCGGAUGAAUCUGUUGUACUGCUUGGAUCAGAAUGACUUUCUUUUACUUUCCUUAUAUUUGCAGCACCUGGGUAUAGAGGAUACUCACAUUAUUCAAGAGAUCAUGGAAAAUGAAAUCCCACCAGAUGCCGUCCAGGACAGAAGCCUUUACAGCCUUCCCCAGCUGGACACCAGUGCUUUAGUGGGACUAUUUGUGGAAUACAUUGUCUCUCCUUCGCAAUUCUAUGUCCGAAUCUACAGUGCAGAAACGUCAGUGAAGUUAGAAAACAUGAUGUUGGAAAUGAGGUGAGGGGGAACUUACCCAUUUCGGUCUGGGCUUUUCGUUGUAUAUGAGCUAGGAUUGCAGGGAGAAAAGAGAACCCAGUUUGGUAUUGGGUGUUCUUGUGGUCUGUCAAAACUCAUGUGCAAAAACUUUACCCUGUUUCUUGGGAAGGGUAUUCUUUGAUGUAUACAUUUCAGUGUGCAUGGUUCUCGUAUUUUAUUUUAUUGAAGCAGCACGAUAAUCAACCGAACAGAAAACCCUUCUAAACAUCAAAAUAGGUCUGAACAAACAAAUGGGGUUUUAGUAGAUGUUUAAUGCAGCCAACCAAUGAAACUUCCCAUAUCUCUUUGGGUUGGUGCCAUCUUGUCAAUCUCCUACAAAAGCCUGGGUGAACAGCUGCAUUUUUCAGCUGCCACCCAAGCAGUCUGUGUAAUCAGAGGGAGAGUCAGCAGUGUUCACCUGUCCUCCAGUUGUCCUCAUUGCUCUGCACACUCAGGCAGGGAAGAGGAGGGACAAAGUCAGUGCAGUGCAAACACACUAGUGUUUUCACUACAGCCUCCUAGCCCCUUUACCUAUCCACCAGAGUCAACAGUGACACAAGCAACUGAACAUCAGAUGAAUCAUAGAAUCAUGAAAUUGUAGAGGAAGAAGAAGGAGGUGCUGACCUAAAUGGCCUCGGUCCUGUAUACCUGAAGGAGCAUUUCCACCUACCAUCAUUCAGCCCGGACACUGAGGUCCAACGCCGAGGGCCUUCUGGUGGUUCCCUCUUUGCAAGAAGUGAAGUUACAGGGAACCAGGCAAAGGGCCUUCUUGGUAGUGGCGCCUGCCCUGUGGAACACCCUCCCAUCAGAUGUCAAGGAAAUAAGCAACUAUCUUACUUUUAAAAGACACCUGAAGGCAGCCCUGUUUAGGGAGGUUUUUAAUGUUUAAUGCUGUAUUGUGUUUUUAACAUUCGGUUGGGAGCCGCCCAGAGUGGCUGGGGAAACCCAGCCAGAUGGGCGGGGUAUAAAUAAGAAAUAAUAAUAAUUUAGUCCAACCCCUGCAAAGCACAAAUGUCCCCACCCUGUCAUCUGCUCCUGGAUCUGCUUCUAUGCCAGUUGUAGUUCUAUAGCCACCACAGAUAAGACCCUAUCUGUGGUCACUGCAUGGUGUACUUGUCCCAUCAACAGGACCACAGGGAUGACUUCUCUUGCAGAUCUCAAUGCAGAUUAAUAAUGGUAUAGGGAUAUCUGAGACUCAAAAGUUUUUUAAGACUUCAAAUGUCUGCUACUUAGCCAUAGGAUUGUACUGUUAGUGACCCACUUGGAUCCUGUAUUUCAGACGAUGCUAUUCUAGUAAACAUGUAGCUGACCGAUACAUCAUGCCCGAAGCCUCAAUCAGUCCUGGUCAGCUUUGUUGUAUAAAAAAUUCGGAAGACAAAUGGUGGUACAGAGUUAUCAUUCAUCGAGUGCUCAAUGACCAGGAAGUGGAAGUGUUUUACCCGGACUUCGGAAGUACGAGGACUGCCCAGAAAUCCUCGCUGAGGUUUCUGAAGUAAGUAAAUCGUGUGCUAGGCAGGGAAUGCUUAUCGGCUGAGAACUGGUGGAUGGUGAGACCUCUUUCUUUUCUACUCUUGCUCUCAGAAAAAUUAAUGGAGGAUAAGAUUAUGUUCUACCUCCACUUUCAGAGGCAGUCUGUUCCUGGAUACGAGUUGCUGCACUCCGGUCCUGCUUGCAGACUUCCCAAAAGCUUCUAGGUGGCCACUGCAAGAACAGGAUGCUCAUUAGAUGGGUCAUUGACCUCAUUCAGCAGAGAUGACUCUUAUGCUCUCAUACGCAAAUCCCAUGCACCCUUCCUUCCUCUCACACACAAGUCCAUUCACUCAACAUUCUUUUCACUUUCUCUGUCUCCCUGUCUGCCUUCCCCCACCUCACAUACCCACACCAUCCAAGGCUGAUUUCAAAGGUAGCACUUACGUAUCAGUUCCCACAUCUUGUCAUCUCAUACCUAAAAUCAAAAGUUCUUUCAAAACUGACUUGCCCUCUGUCAUAGGCAGUAAAAUAACGUUUGGGAACACAGACAGUACAGUGCAAAAUGACUCUUGCUAUUUAGCAUAAGUGGGUGAAAAUCCACUUCUGCUAAAUAGGCAAACUAAGGCCCGGGGGCCGAAUCCGGCCCAAUUGCCUACUAAAUCCAGCCCGUGGAUGUUCCGGGAAUCAGCGUGUUUUUACAUGAGUGGAAUGUGUGCUUUUAUUUAAAAUGCAUCUCGGGGCUAUUUGUGGGCAUAGAAAUUCGUUCAUUUUUUUCCCUUCCAAAAUAUAGUCCUGCCCCCCACAAGGUCUGAGGGACAGUGGACCGGUCCCCUGCUGAAAAAGUUUGCUGACCCCUGUAUAGUCCAAAGGCUAUUCAUCAGGAAAUAAGGAUUUGUUUUAAGUUUUAAGUUUUUUAAAAAUUGUUUAACCACAUCAGUUUACAAACAUAGAUACAUAUGCUAUAAUGUUAUUGUUUUAGUUAAAUAAAUUGUUUUAAAAGUCCAAAUAUAAACAGUUAACUUAUUAACCCACACAAUAAUUUCAUAAUUAUCUAUGUACUUCUAAUAGUAUAACCAAAUCAGUAAUUUUUGAUAUAACUGUAAAAACUACUCUGAAAAUUUAUCACACAAAAAAUGAAACCUUCCUCUAGUUGUAAAUAUUAAGAUGAUACCAGCAAGAAUGAGUCUUUCUGUAAAGAAAGUGAGUUAAAUCAAGUCUUACUGACUAGUGAUUUAAAUCGUGAUUUAAAUCAAAUCCACCUUUGUGUGGACUCAGUCUUGCUUACUUUCUUUCGUGGGAAAUGCCAAAUGUCAACGCUUUGUUCAUUAUCCAGUUUGAUGCAAGACUACUUGGCUUGGGGCAGCAAGUCAAAAGUGGCCCUGUGAAUUACCUUGUUCUUGUUGCAGGUCUUGUUAUGCAAAGCUUCCUGCUCAAGCCAUCCCUUGUUCCUUAGCUUGGGUGAGACCUACAGAGGUAUGUAUAUAUGUAUUAUUUUUUCAACUAACCUUACCCUAGAUGUUUGGGAACAACUUAAAAAUAAGCUGGCUUUUGUUUUCUGUUCUUGUUUUAAACUUUAACGUAUGUGUUCAUUUGUUUACUGCACAUUUUUUACCAAUGUUGUAGCAUUUUUAUGUUGCAUCCAAAAAGUGCACAAGCUUUGGCAAAUACUUAAGGAAAUCUCAUAACGGUUAGGUAUUUGCUGAGACUGCUUCUCUUCAUGCCCUACAUCUAGUGGAUGAGUGAAUCAUAGAGUUUGAAGGGACCCUCGGGAUUCUAGUACAACCCCCUGCAAUGCAGGAAUAUGCGGCUUUCCCACAUGGGAAUCGAACCUGCAACCUUUGCAUUAUCAGCAUGCUCUAAUCAACUGAACUAUCUUGUUGCAUAUUAUUUGGAGUGAAAGGAGCAACCAAGGGUAUACUUGUCAGUUAUAUCUGUAUAUCACAAGAUGUUAGGGCGGAAGAAGAGUCAUGAAGGAUUAAGAGCAAUGAUAACAUCAGAAUUUUAAAGUUCAGAAGGUGGAAUAGCUCAAAGAAUAAGUGAAUAAGAAAAAUGUGUUUUGGAAAGUAAAGAUAAAUAAGAUUUGAAGCGCUAUUUUAGGGGGGGGAAAUCGAGAUACAAAAGGAGAACACAAAAAGCAGCUGGAAUGUAUUAAGACUAAUUAGAUAGAAUCUGAUGUGCAGAGCCAAUGAAAUUAUUUUUUCAACUCUGCUUGACUUUGUACCUUAUCCUUUCUUUAUCAAGGACAAUUGGACUGCCAGUGACAUACAUGAAUUCCAAAGGUUGUGUGAGCUGAAGCUGCUUGUGGGAGUCGUGGAUGAAUACAUAGAUGGAAUCCUUUACCUCUUCCUCUGUGACACCAGCUCUGACGAAGAUAUCUACUUGCACAAUGCACUGAGAUUAAAGGGCCAUGCAUUCAUCUGCAGAGAAAACCUUCCUUCCAAGGUGAGGGCAAAUAUUUGCCGGAGGCACUAAGGGAAGGUUAAAAUGGAUAAGUAUCUCUUAAGGCCAUGAGGUUCUUAAACUGAUUUGUGGUGAUGACCCAUUGAAAACUGAGGGGGGAUGGGGAUGUCCCAAGUGUUCUUAGUGCUAACUAAACCAAACCAAAAAAUGUUAAGUCUGUGGAAGGAUGAUAAAAAGAAUGACAUGGCAUGCUUUUUUUCUAAGAGAGCACCAUGUGAAAGCAUGUGGAAACAUAGUUUGAUGAUUAUAAGUUUGUUAAAAAUCAGUGACCCAGAAAAAGCCCACAUGAUUAUUAUUAUGUUUAAUUCAGUUGCAUUAUUACAUUUUUUUUAAAAAAAACCCUAGUUAUUUUUAGUUAAUUUCCAGGUUGUUAAAUCUUUUUAAAAAAUGAAUUUUAUUUAUCAUUUUUCAUUUUGCAACAAUGCAUAAAAAUCAACAAACCCCAAAAUAAGAACAAAUCAACUUUCCCCCCACCACAUUCAUGGUUCCUUCGGUUUAUCUUUACUUCUGCAUAUCUACAAAAUGCCUCAAUUGUUUGUUUCCUGUAAACUUUCUUCACAUAUUCUUUACUGUUCGUUUUAAGUUAACCCUGCUAAAGCUUUAAGUUGUUUACAAUAACUUUUUAAAUAGUCAAUAAAUGCACCCCAAUCUUUAUUAGUUUUUUUUCUCUUCCUGAUUUCUUCCUGUAAGUCUGCAUAUUCCAUCAGUUUUAUCUACCAGUCCUCCUUGGUUGGAGCUAUUCCUUCUUUUCUUUUUAAAAUAUUUUUUUAUUGGUUUUAACAUACUUUCCAGACAAAACAACCAUCCCACCCCAUCUUAUACAUUUGUGGCUAUAGUUAGCCUAUGACUUCCAUCAAUCCCUUCUGAUGAUUUUAAAAAUUCAUCUCCUAUUCCUGCAUUUUUGGUUUCAUAUUAUCUUAACAUUGCAUUGGCAAAUGACUUGUAAACUACUUUGGUAAGAGUUUUUCUUUAAACUGUAUACAAAUUUAUUAAAUAAAUAAAAUUCUUCAUUCUCCUGCCUUUAACAGAAUUUCAGAGAGCCAUUCUUUUCCACAUUGUAUCUGAAACCCGGACCGGAGCAGCAGUCUGGUUUGACAAAAGCAGAAACGCCCUUGCUUACGCAGGAAUCUCUUUGUGACCUUCCAGAAGUACCAGAUUCAGGGUCUUGCUACAAUGAAGUGCUUUCCCAGGUGGAGAUUUUUGAGUUUUUCUGUUUAAAUAAGCAUUGAUGUUGCCUCUAGUGAAGUAUAUCCAAGAAGUUAAAAUAAAUACAUGAGCAAAGUUAACAGGGAGAGCUUCUCCAAGACCCAUUAGAACAUAAUAUGGGUAAUGGGAUCGCUUUGAUCUAAGAUACCAUACUAGUUUCAUUUGGAGACCUCAAAAAAUACCUUCCAUUUGUUUAUUUGUUUAAACAGAGAUUUAAUUGGGACAAUCUAAUCCCACUAACAUGUAACUUAAACUGCACUGCAGUUUAAAGGGGUGUGUGGUGAAGGUGUUAAACAAGCCUCUUGAAGCCGGCAGCUGUUUUGUGGGGUAGUGAGGUGGCCAAUAUUGCUGGCGAGGAGGAGAGUAGCUCUUGGGAGUCCUACAGCAUCUCAUGUGGCCCGGUGAGAUUCUUGUGAAAAGAUGGGGGUGGGUACCUUUAAAAGGACUCGCUGGCCACCUUGCUACCCCUCUCUUUUCCUUCUAGCAGACAGUUUUGUUUUAUCAGCAAGUGAAUUGUUUAAAACAAAGUACGUUGAAUUAAAAAUUUUCCUUUUAAAAGUUGACGGUACUGUAACUUGGCCCCGAAUUGUUUUCUAGAGUACAGCAGACCCUGAGAUGCCACUCCUCGAGCCAGUAUAUAUGUGCGACGAAAUCUGGGAUGAGAACUGGACAUCUUCCAAGCAUUAUGAAGAAGAGAAAAAUGGUGAUACUUUGUCCCCUGACAACGCUGUGUUUCCUCGCCAUUCUUCGAGUGAUGAAGGGUAUAAGGAGGAGACUCAGCACAACCAGGAAUUGACACAACAGGUGGUGGUUGUUCAGUGUUGAUGGGAGGGAAAUGGUCAGAUGGGUUGUUGGUGAAGUUGCAAAGCCUUUUCAUAUCCCUUAGCUAUGUCUUUCUAGCCCUUUUAUUAUCCCAAAGUCUGAGACCAGCACAAUAGAUUUAUUUAUUAAAAAGAUAAUAAAAAGAUUUAGGGGCAGAGAUCAAGAGUUGUUGAGGGGUUUUUUUUGGCCCAUCACGUGAGCUGGGACAGCCCACGAUCAACCCAGUUGGACAGGCAAAAUUUAGAGAGUUGUAACCCCUUUCCCUUCAGAUUAAAUGACUUUCAAAGUGGCCCUGCCGUUGGGUUUAUAAUAUAAAAGACACAACAGAAAACGGAAUGGAUUUGGUGGGGAGGAGGGAAAAAAGAAAAUUCAGACACCAGCUAUUCCUAGACUGCUUACAAAGACCAGCUGGAAUGGAAAGAAUUUAAAAGUUGCUGGCCUUAGGUGAGUUGAUGCAGUCCCAUCACUGAUGUAGGUUGAUUGAAUGGCUAUUGUUAGAUGCCAGUUUUAGGGAGGAUAAAGCCCUUCCUUGCCACUCCCAUUGUACUUACCAGAGAAAGUUCUUCUGGACCCCAAAUUGCUCGUGUGUGUCUUCAGUAUGCUGCUUUCAGUCUAGAUUGAUUCUAGAUCCUGCCAUCCACAAGGUUAGGUGUGGUUACUUGGUAGGCAUUUGAACCCAGCCAUGCCUUUUCCUUCCUGCACAUGCCCCAGAUAAAGAAAUAAAGAAGUGGCAAUUGUGAUUUUGGUAUAACCCACACAGUUAUUGAGCAAGUGUGGGUACAUAAUAGGGUUGCCUACAUCUUUUUUCAAAAGGAAACACUGUGAGAUAAUGCAUAAUCCAUCUGCAACAAACUUUUAUUUUUGUAAUAUAACCUGUUUCUCAGGAAGUGCUUUUCAGGGGGAGAAAAUACACAGUAGAUCUAGAUUGUUGGGAGAGGCAUGCUACAUAGAAAAAACAAGAACUCAGUUACCAUUGAUUCUAGCAGCCAAAGUUGUAAGAAGAUAGAAAAUGAGAGCAAACAAGCACCUGUAAACCCUGGUUUGCUUGUUCUAGGUUUCAGUAUCGAGCUGGUAGUAGUGUUGAUCCUCUUGACUUUUAGUAAUGUUUUGAAAUACUGUACUGCGUAUGAGUUUUUGGUUUCAUAUUAUCUUAACAUUGCAUUGGCAAAUGACUUGUAAACUACUUUGGUAAGAGUUUUUCUUUAAACUGUAUACAAAUUUAUUAAAUAAAUAAUAUUCUUCAUUCUCCUGCCUUUAACAGAAUUUCAGAGAGCCAUUCUUUUCCACAUUGUAUCUGAAACCCGGACCGGAGCAGCAGUCUGGUUUGACAAAAGCAGAAACGCCCUUGCUUACGCAGGAAUCUCUUUGUGACCUUUCAGAAGUACCAGAUUCAGGGUCUUGCUACAAUGAAGUGCUUUCCCAGGUGGAGAUUUUUGAGUUUUUCUGUUUAAAUAAGCAUUGAUGUUGCAUCUAGUGAAGUAUAUCCAAGAAGUUAAAAUAGGUACAUGAGCAAAGUUAACAGGGAGAGUUUAUCCAAGACCCAUUAGAACUUAAUAUGGGUAAUGAAAUCGCUUUGAUCUUAGAUACCAUACUAGUUUCGUUUGGAGACCUCAACAAAUACCUUCCAUUUGUUUAUUUGUUUAAACAGAGAUUUAAUUGGGACAAUCUAAUCCCACUAACAUGUAACUUAAACUGCACUGCAGUUUAAAGGGGCGUGUGGUGGAGGUGUUAAACAAGCCUCUUGAAGCCGGCAGCUGUUUUGUGGGGUAGUGAGGUGGCCAAUAUUGCCGGCGAGGAGGAGAGUACCUCUUGGGAGUCCGACAGCAUCUCAUGUUGCCCGGUGAGAUUCUUGUGAAAAGUUUGGGGUGGGUACCUUUAAAAGGACUGGCUGGCCACCUUGCUACCCCUCUCUUUUCCUUCUAGCAGACAGUUUUGUUUUAUCAGCAAGUGAAUUGUUUAAAACAAAGUGCAUUGAAUUACCGUAUUUUUUGCUCCAUAACACUCACUUUUUUCCUCCUAGAAAGUAAGGGGAAAUGUCUGUGUGUGUUAUGUAGCGAAUGCCUACGGGUGGCGGGGGGAUCUGCUGCAGUCGUGAGCAGAGGAUCCAUGGUUCCCCUUCCUUCCCUCCUCCGUGGCUCGCUUUGAAACAGCAAAGCAGAAGAAGAGCCGCUGAGUGGGGAGGAGAGAGGGACAGAGAGCCUGCUUGCUUUAAAGGAGCAAAGCGGGAGAGGAGAGGAGCCUUCUCCUCUUAUACCCCUCUUCUGCAUUAUUAGCAGCAUCCUUCUCCACACACCCCACGCGUGCUCCUUGUUCCUUGAGUGCUUUUCCUUCCCUCCCCCCUUAAAACGUGGUUACAAAGCACGGAUCUACAUGGAUCCUCAGGAUUUUUGCACUGGGUCACCCAAAUUCACCAUCAGAUCACAUAGCAUGUCCAUGGCUACAGCUUGCACCAAAAAAAUCAUGCACCCACUAUUGCUUGGGGCCACAGUGGGGCAAAAACGUGGUUACAAAGCAUGGAUCCACAUGGAUCUUCAGGAUUUUUGCAUUGGGCUACCCCAAACUCACUGUCAGAUCACGUCUGUGGCCACAGCAUGAACCAAAAAAAUCAUACAUCCACUGUUUCGUUUAGAAUAUUUUUUUUCUUGUUUUCCUCCUCUAAAAACUAUGUGCGUGUUAUGGUCGGGUGCGUGUUAUAGAGCGAAAAAUACGGUAAAAACAUUCCUUUAAAAAGUUGACGGUACUGUAACUUGGCCCUGAAUCGUUUUCUAGGGUACAGCAGGCUCACGCUUGGGCUCUGAGAUGCCGCUCCUCGAGCCAGUAUAUAUGUGCGACGAAAUCUGGGAUGAGAACUGGACACCUUCCAAGCAUUAUGAAGAAGAGAAAAAUGGUGAUACUUUGUCCCCUGACAACGCCGUGUUUCCCUGCCAUUCUUCGAGUGAUGAAGGGAAUGAGGAGGAGACUCAGCACAGCCAGGAAUUGACACAACAGGUGGUGGUUGUUCAGUGUUGAUGGGAGGGAAAUGGUCAGAUGGAAUGAUGAUGGAUGGAAUGGCUAUUGCUAUAUGCCAGUUUUAGGGGAGGAUAAAGCCCUUCCUUGCCACUCCCAUUGUACUUACCAGAGAAAGUUCUUUUCUUAAUCUUAGUUAUCCUAACCACUUUUUUCUGCCAGUACGUUUGCUGAACUAUGUUCACAUUAUCCCUCUUGCUUUUACUGUCAAUGAGCAUCACUUUUUGGGGGCCCUUUUACUUACCAAAUGUGUAACACAUUUUUGGCAGAAUGUGGAUAUUUCCAUUCCCUUUGAGAGAACAAACUGUCUGAGUCUGGAACCCCUGAACAGAAAAGUGGAGUUAUCUGGAAGAAUGGAGGUAAAGUCAUUUCCGUUGGCUUACCUUGUAAACUUGAUUUCCGGCUUUAAAGUAGCACAGAUUAAUUCCAUUAUUGGGAUGGCAUGCAUGGUUGCAUAACCCAAGAUACAUUGUCAGACCCUACAUACUUGUUGAAUCUUAGCGUGGUUGUGGAGAACCCAGAGGUCUAAUGGGGACCUGCAAGUCUGUUUUAUCUUUCACUCUAUCCAGGCUAUACCCUUCACUGACUGCUUCGCAUGUUGAGUGUUACUGCCUGACUAGCAUGUGUCCUUGAACUCUGAUCAUUCCUCUUGUUUCCCUGGAUGGAGGCCAGAGAGGAGUGCAUGUGGAAACUAGCUCACUUCACAAAUACAACAUUUUCAUUUGUUCACUUUCACCUCUGGCCCUGCCCCCCACUGGCAUGUUGCCCACCCCCUCCAAGAGCACGCAGCUUCUUGGCAUGAACAUUUCCUCCACCCCUUCUGAAAGCAUCAUUGCUUCCAAGAAAAGAACCUGUGAGUCCUCUGCUAACAUUCUAGGUGAGGCUUUCCAAGAUCAGAGGUACGGCUUUUGAACCUGCACAACUAUUUCAGUGCCGCAGAACGCUAGCUGUGUAAACCUUGUCGCUCUUGCAUUUUCAUCCUCUUCUUGUCUGACUCUUUUAAUGGUGGUAGUUAUCCAGGAGUGGGUUACUUUUCCCAAUAGCUUGGAAGGCAAGGCUAUGAAAAUGGCUUUGUGCUUGGUCCCAUUCUGAGAGAGGAGGCUCCCCCCCCGCCCAGUCCCAUCUUGCCUGCUUCAAGGUAGCUGGGAUUUUCCAGCCCUUUUGAACUUUCUUUUUAUUGUGCUAGCAGACUGAUUCAGCAUUUGCUUAUCUGACAACUUAUCUGGCCCUGAUGACAAGCUUCUGUCACAUUACUGCUGCUUCCCCCAUGGAAAAGCAGACUGGAACUGACUGCAAAGAGGGGCAUGGCUCCUGAUCUAGUGUCUAGCAAGUAGUCACAAGCAUUUCAGGCAGAAAGGAUCCUUCUUUGAGGGAUGAUAAUGAGGUCAACUUUCCUGUUUGAAUAAGAAAGUAAUCUUAUGACCAUAGGAGGAGCAUUGCUCCCGGGCUACUUUCUGGUAAGGGGGCACAGCUUGCAUCCCUGUCAAGGAGCACCCCCCUUUCAGCUGGUAGUGAGGCCAGUUCUCUAACAUGGAGAAGAAGAAGCCAAUCUGGCUGCUAAGAGGAACAUCACCAGAAAGAUCUGGCUAUGUUUAGAAUGAUGCCGCAUAGAGAAAUGUUCCCUGAUACCAAGAUGAGGGAUUCCUUUGGAAUGCAGAUAGAGAUAAUUGAUAUGAAUAAUGAUCUGUUGUGAGCUUGACAGAAGUGUACAAUAGAUGAGCCUUUCUACUUUGGCUCAUCUUCCUUUUUCUUUUUCUUUUUUUAUCUAUUUUUCUCUUUUCUUUUCUUUUAUCUUUUCCAUAGUUGCUUAUGUUCUGUGUCAUGUACUUUGAUAUUUUUUGUAGUUUUUAAAGUUUUUUUUCAUUACUAUUAAGGAAUUUUCCUUUGUAAUUUUGGUUGUCUAUAUUUAUAUGUACCUGUUUAAAGCAAAAAAAAAGUUUAAUUUAUUUUUUUUUAAAAAAAGAGGAACAUCACCUCCAGGCUACUUCUGGCAAGGAGGGACAAAUGGAAGUUGUGCUAAACAUCAAUAUGGGAAAUGGGUAUUCAGGUUUGCUUAGGUUUGCGCCAUACCUUUCUUCUGUAUGCAGGCUGGCAUAUUUUGUACAAACUGGGGAAGAAAGAGUCCCAGAAUGUUCCACUUUCCCAGUGCCAUGGAUUCUUUCAGCUGUGUUUGAGUGAAUCCUGUUAACCAUGGUUGCAGUGCCUCUGUUCUGUCUCCAUUUUUUAUACCAGUAAUGCCCUACAAACUCACUCCCCUUGCUUCUCUGUUCUUAGCUCUGUCAUGGGAACCUGUUUUGUAGCCAAAAUAUGGAUUGAGAUGAUAAAUAGGAGAAAAGGACUAGCUUGCUUCCACAAAUGCCAGUGAAUUAGCAGUAAAAAAAUCCCAUAAAAUAUAAAAAGGAAGUGCAUUUGUUAACGCAGUGUAAACACAUAGAGCCCUGUGGUGAUUAGCCCUUCCUGGUGUCUGGGUACAUGUGUUCACUGCAUGUCCUCUGCUUUUUACAGAGUUUGCCAAAUAGCGGUGUGUUAGUGGCAGGUACUGUUUGUGUAUGAAGGAAAAUAAACUCUCAGUUCUUUUCAGUGGCCUGUGACAGUGGCAUGGGUCACACGGGUUUACUUUUGCCCUAAAUCAGGUUUCUUCCCUGUCCAUUUGACUACAGGCAAGAAACACUCUUGGAGCUACAUCUGAUUCUUUGUCACAAACGCUGCAAGAGUUUUACAUCUCCAUUGUCCAUUCCAAGCAAUCAGCAGAGGAGAACAAAUUAGAUUUGGAUCUGAACAAAUUAUCUGGCUACGGUUCCCAACCACUUCCAUCACCAUCUGCCAUACACGGUACUUGUGGGCUGCCUAAAGCAAAAACUGUUCAAGUGCAUAAUCUGGCUAUAUUAAUCCUGUUUAAGUAGUACCCUUACUACUCUAUUGACAUUAAACUGCAAGUCCUAAGAAUGUCUGCGCAGAGUCCCACUUGGAGUCUGAGCGGCGAAAUGGACACCUCAUUCAUCAUUAAAGUUGCAGCAGAGAGAGAAGUGUGGAAACCUUACUGCCUAAGUGCCUUGAAUGGUUGCUUGUGCACAGCAUAUCCUACUGAAACAAUGUGGGAGGAUCCUGCAGCUCAUAUCGAGGCGCAGUUGGUGCAUUACUGCACCCACAUGGGAGCUGCUUCCCGUGGUUCAAUUUCGCAGUAUUCCAAUAAAAAUGUGCCUGCCUGGCAUACUCACUAUCAGUUUUUAGGUACCCAUCUAAGACAUUAUGAUUUACUCAGGCAUUUGGUGGCUAAAUUAGCCUCUGCUGUGCUGCUCAUCUUUUAGUGGGGUGGGGUAGGAUUUGCCCUUCUUAUUGUAUCAUUGGGUGAGCAUUUUAGGAAUUUUGUAUUGUACAUGGUUUUUAAUUUGGUUUCUAAAGUUGAUUUUAUCGGUUUUUAUUUUCUCUUAUCUGUUAAGUAACUUUGAGAUGUUUUUGUGUAGGGUGACUAACAAAUGAAAUAAAAAAUGGGGAUGGGACUACAUUGUCCAUUCCCCGGUUUUUCUUCAGUCAGGGCCAGCCUGAGGCAAAGCGAGGCAACCGCUUUAGGUGGCAGGAUCUGCAGGAGCAGCAGAUCCCGAUUCCACUGUUUGUUCCUGAUGUAGAUCUUCACUCACCCCUUCUUCCAUGGGUGGGGUGGGGGGAGUGCCAUUUUGUGCUUUGCCUCAGGUGCCAAAAUGUCUUGUAGCCAACCCUGUACUCUCUUGUCAGGGAAGCACAUAAGUUGCCACCCCCAAGUGUGAAUUGGCUCAUGGCAUUUCCCUGUUGAUUUGCCAGAUCAGAGAGCCGAAUCUGAAUCCUGUGAACUACAUAGCCCAAGGUCACUUUUUUCUCUCUCUUUGCUGUUCAGGAAAUGUUCCUUCAGAGAGGAAGGUGGAUGACGCCUCCAGGACCCAAGUAAUAACCCUGUAUACCGCUCGCAGCUGCCCUAACCAAGGGGGCACAGGCCACAAUGCCUUGGUGUUCACUGCCAAACUUCAGGGUUCCCCGGCAUCCUGCGUCGCUUGCAGCCCUAGUGUAGCCCUUGGAGCCUCAGCACGCUUAGCUACAUCUGGCGGCUUUUUCUCCUUUCAUCUUAAGAAGAUGGCGAUAUGAGGAAAGCCCAAGGAGUGGCUGGAUGGCUAUUCGAGACUUCAGUGGCUGGUUGCUUUCUUGUACACAUUGGUAAAGAAAAAAAGGCUUGAAGGCUAUGGGAAUUCUACCUAUGUUUCAAUUUGGACUAAAUGCGGCAAUGAGUGCUAACUUUUCCCCUGUUUGUAUAGUUUUGUUGAUUCUCCUGUUCUUAAUAGAAUUGUUCCAAAAGUAAUCAGUGAGUUGUCCUAUUGUCAUGUUUGCACCAAACUAUUUUAAACUGGAUAUUUUAUUGUAGCUAGACAGUUCUGUAUAUAUUUUUGAAGUAUUGAGUGCAUUUAAAGAAGGGAGCUAUUCCAGGCUAUUUCAGAAAGGAUUUGUUUGUUUGUUUUCAUAACUUGAUGUACAGUUAAACCUUGGCUGCCAAACACCUCAGUUUUGGAACGUUUCGGCUCCCAAACGCCAAAAACCCGGAAGUAAGUGCUCCAGUUUUUGAACAUUUUUUUUGGAAGCUGAAUGUCUGACGCAGCUUCUGCUUGAGUGCAGGAAGCUCUUGCAACCAAUUGGAAGCUGCACCUCUGUUGUCGAAAAUUUCGGAAGUCGAAUGGGCUUCCAGAACGAAUUACAUUCGACAACCGAGGUUUGACUGUAUAAGCGCAGAGUCCAGCAGCAACCAGGACGCAGUCAGAAGUUACAGUCUUACCCACCAAAUGUCAGGCCAGGUUCCUUGUUAUGAACCUGAUACAGUUGAGUAGGGGCCUAUGGAAAAUAAAAACAAACAAACAAAAA